AUGUACACUCGAAAGCGCCAUUCUAUAUCUCAGGAGCAUUAUAUGAAGCGAAAGAUGGAGGCAACUGAUGAAGAGGAUCUGGAAGGAGAAGAUGAAGCUGAAGGGAGUCAAUGCGAUUUUCGCCAACCACCACCUUUCCCUUGUGAGCACGUGCGCAACGACUAUCGUUCAUUUCCUCCGCAAUAUUUUAAUAUUGGAUAUCCGCACAACGAGUUUGCUCCUCCAUAUAAUCAAAAUGUAAUUCAGCAUCAUAUGCCAUGUGGGAUCGGCGCUAUUUCUUGUCCAAGAGGUGAACCUCAACCGGCAUUUUUUCAGCAUCAUAUUAUCCCAAAUGGAAAUGGUGAAAUGGAGGAUUUUUGUACACCUAAUGUUAAAAGUGAAGAACUGGAAAGAAAAUUAUCACGCAAAGUUGAGAUCCCGCUCAUCUUCUUUGGUGACUCAUCCCCGAAUGGCAUUGAUCCAUGCGAAGUUUACUGUACAGUACCAGGAAGGACGAGUUUGUUGAGCAGCACAACAAAAUAUAGAGUUACGGUGGGAGAGAUACAACGCAGAAUAAGCCCGCCGGAGUGUUUAAACGCAUCCCUUCUUGGUGGAAUUUUACGGAGAGCAAAGUCAAAAGAUGGAGGGAAAACAUUGCGAGACUCGCUCCGAAAAAUUGGUCUUACACUGCCAGCUGGUCGUCGUAAACAAGCAAAUGUCACCGCAUGGACUGCUCUCGUAGAAGAAGAAGCAGUACACAUGGCUAAAGAUUUUGCUGUUGUCUGCGAAAAAGAAUUUCAUGCUCGUGAAAUUGGUAUUUAUCUUACAAAAGCUAAUAUUUCUCUCGAUCAUGAUGUGAUGAAAAGGCGAACAAUGUUGGAAAAUAGCAGAAAAAUCGUCUCUGAGUUGUGCGAUCUCCUUGCUGCUGACCGUACACCUCUCACUCCAUUCAUCGCUCUCGCUCGACCCGCUGUCACUCUAGACCCAAGUAUCCAACAGCAUCUCAGUCAUUACACUUUGAUGACCCAUGGAUUUGGCGGUGUGGCAAUGGUUGCUGUGCUAGAGUCCGUCAAAUCUAUGAUAGAUGAAAGCAUCAAAUAUUUAGACAGAACCUGUUCACAGACCAUGUACAUCCCUUACAAUACUCGUUAA